AUGGAACCAGCGACGGAGGGGUCGGACGCGACAGCAACCGCGAAUGCCGCAGCGACCGCUAAAGCGAAUGCGACCACGACUGCGACCGUGAAUGCGACCACGACUGCGACCGUGAAUGCGGCCAAGACUGCGACCGCGACAUCUAGCGGCGGGAAGCGGCGAGACCAGUCUGAUACAGUGAUGGUUAUUGUUACAGGAUACCCACAGUAUUCUCAACCCCAAGACUUGGUGCGAAUCUUCAGCAAAUUCGGAGAAGUGAAAGUUGACAAGUUGACCCCCAAAUUCGCCAUACUGAGUUACACCAACAAAGAUGCUGCAUUGGAAGCUGUGCAAGCGUCCAAGAAAGUCAAUGUGUAUGGAGAAUUCCUGAUUGUGAAACUGCACAAUGAGAAGAUGGCAGCGGAAUUAGCAAAAUCGUCGCCGAAAAAAGAUUUCCCUAGAACUAAACAGAAAGGUACAAUAAUCGAGCCGGCGCAGAUAGAUCUGUCGGGCUCGUUCCCGCAGCAGCUGGAGCGACUGCUGGCCGCCGUGAGACUCACGCAGGAGGAGGUCACCGCCCUCACCGCGCUAUACACCGACGUGGAGAAUGCGCUCCGGCCGCACUACGCGGGGUGUUCCGCGGUCCCGUUCGGGUCCAUAACGACGGGUCUGGGCGUCAAGUCGUCAGACGCGGACUGCUUCGUGCUGCUGCCGCCGCAUCACCGCACUCCCCACGCCAACCACGUCAACAAGGCCAGGAGGCUGCUGGAGCUGCAUCCCAAGCCUAUUAAUGUCCCCACUGCUGGGACACAGGCCUUACCUUUGGAUGGAAUACGGAGACGGAGCCAUGACUCACCACGCGGGCCCAGUGCGGAUUGGUAUUCGCCGAGAUCCUAUCUAUACCGCGAGCGAACACUCCCAUAGUGAAAUUCUUUCACAUCCCGACCGGAACUAACUGUGAUCUCACCUUCAAGACUCCCCUAGGAGCCCAAAACAGCAAACUAAUUGCCUUCCUUCUCCACGCAGACCCCAGGCUUAUACCUCUAGCUGUCACCAUCAAAUACUGGGCCAAAGUUCACGAUCUAUCCGGAACAGGGAAACUGACAAAUUAUGCUUUAACUCUACUCAUUAUAUUCUACCUUCAACUACCCCCUUUGAACAUCCUCCCAAGCAUAUAUUCACUUCAGCGAGACCAAGCUAACGACGUCGUUGUAG